AUGGAAAGAGUUAGACCAAGAGCAACAAAAUUAACUGAUUAUCAUAAAAAGGAAAGAUUAAAAUUUUGUGGUCGUAAUCCAAAACAUCAUAGACGAUGGGUGUUUGAUAGUGAAGAAUUGGAUUUAUGGGAGGUCAAAAAAUUUUCAAAAGGUUUACAUGUUUAUGGUGGUAUGACAAGUAAAGCAUUAACACCAUUGAUUUUUAUUAAUGGAAACAUUAAUGGUGAAAGAUAUGUAAAUGAGAUUUUACCUAUUUUAACUGAUGUGCAAGGAAGAACAAAAGAAACUAAUGAUAUUACAACAACAAUAUUAUUUGAUGAUAAUGAAGACUGGAUAUUCGAGCAAAAUCAUGCAACAUGUCAUGAUACUAAUAUUGUUCAAGAAUAUUUAACUCAAAAUGUUUCUGAUUUUUUUUGGUAA